AGAAAUGAAACAUUCUAUUUCAUUUCAUUAGAUUUUCACAGAUCAUAUUAUUAUUUUAUUGUUGGAAUUUGGAAAACUGAAAAUGUGUCAUUUUAAUGUUGCUUUAUUUUCCUUUGUAAAUAUAGCAACAAGUUUCAAAUUUUGUUCUAACUAAAAGUAAUUCUGGUUGGUAUUAAGAAGGUGUGUGCAAUUUACUAACAAAAUAGUUUUACGUUGUGAUUUUUGCUGUUGUGCGUUAGCAAUUUAUAACUAUUGGCCGUGUUGAAGUCGCUCAGUGCAAUGAGUUUUUAUGAGUAGAAGCGUGGUUAUGCUCGAAACAUGCCCUCGACGUCGCGAUCGCGAGGCCAUGGGCGCGGGCUGGACAGCGCGCCACGGACCCAAGUCAUAGCACCCAUGUCGGAGCGGCAGCAACUGGCUCUGGUGAUGCAAAUCUCAUCCCAGGAUGCCCCUCCAGCCGCUCCGACUCCUGGAGAAGAAAGAAAACGGAGCAGACAACAGCGCAAUGAACGCGGGGAGACACCUCUACAUGUGGCAGCCAUUAGAGGUGACCAUAACCAGGUGAAGAAGUAUCUUGACCAGGGCCAGGAUCCAGAUGUACCAGACUUUGCUGGUUGGACGGCUCUCCACGAAGCAUGUAGUUAUGGUUGGUUGGAGGUUGUGACAGUUCUUGUUGAAAGUGGCGCUAAUGUCAAUGCAAAAGGUCUGGAUGAUGACACACCACUACAUGAUGCAGUGACAUCUGGUAAUCUCCAGUUGGUCAAAUAUCUCAUUGAACAUGGUGCUAAUCCAUUUGUUAAGAACACCAAAGGGAAGGCACCAUCGGAUUAUGCAACACAACAUAUUUUGGAAUAUCUAAAUGAUAAUCCAAAAGCUGCCCCAACUGGUCGUGCAAGGGACGACGGCAACAAGAAAGGCAAUGCUAGUUCCAACAGUGACACUAGCAAAAGAAGCAACAUGGAGAGCCUAGGGCAGGGAGAGCAUUUAGAGGGGAAGGAAGCUACUCCACAAGAGAAACGUAAUGCUGAGAACAAAGAUGAUGGAGCCCAGUUAAGUAGUGGUGUAGUAUCCUCUACCCAAGAUGAUUUGGCUCCUAUUGCUGGUAGUAAGAAGUCCUAUAUAGAAGAUAGCCAAGAAGCAGAGCCAGCAGAAGAUGAGACAUCAAAACGGAAGAAGAGGAAAGAUAAUGAAGAUAAGGAACUAAUGGGCAAGCCGGCACCAGUAGCCCGGGGCAGUACAGGACGAAUCCUAACCCUUAGCAAACCUCCGGGACCGGCCAGCAAAACGGGUGCGGCACCUCUGAAGAGCGGUGCUAAUCAGGGCAAGGCAUCUGGUUCUUCCUCAUCUGGGAAAGGAGGCCAAUCGCAGGGAAAGGGCAGCGGAGCUGGGAAGGCUGGCUCACAGAGUCAUCAGGGUAAAUCGGGAUCUGCGAAAGGGGCUUCAAGCUCACAUGCAGGUAAGCAAGAUACGAAGAGCCCCAUCCCGAGCUUGAAGCAAAGCCAUGGGAAGGACAAUGAUGACGAAGAGCAUAAGGCCGAGUCGACUGCCCCGAAAGUGCCGCCACUGAAAAUCGUCAUACCAGGCGGAGCGAGUGGUUCUGGUAGCAGAAAUGAUCAAGAGGGAGAAGGCGGCUCGGGGCAAAGAGGCAGCGGCAAGGGUCGCAGUGGCUCGUCGACUUUGCCCUACGUGAUACCGUGCACCAGCACUGACACCGGCCAGACCUCCGACAGCUCGGACAAUUGCGACGACAAGAGGACCACCGAAACUGGCAAGGCAGGACAAAGAGUACUCCGCUCCCACAGAACGAAUGACGGUGAUAAAGAUAAGGGGAGGACCUCUCCAACGGGGUCGGAGGCUCGCUCGGGAUCGAAUCAGGCUUUGAAUUCCAAAAGUCCAUCGCGCUCUAGCCAUGACACGGACCACGCGCACCCUUCGACCUCCGGGACUAGUGGAAGAAACGAAGCAGCAGGGUCAUCGGCGGACCUGCACCCGCGUAAGCGCAAGCUCAAAUCCUCAAAGGAAAGUCACUCGCGGGAUCACAAGACCGAAACUCCCGACAGCACCACUACUCACAAUGUGACACAUUCCAACCCGUACCAGAUGUACAUACACAUACGGAAACAGAUUGACCAACGGCAGAAGGCGUUGUUCCCAGUGAAGCCCAAACCGCCGAAGGAUUUCAACAAGUAUCUAAUGAACAGGUGCACUUACACCUUGCAAAACACUGUGAAUCCAGAACCACAGGUUGAAGUACCACACAACAUGCCCCAACAAAUGGUCAACCAAUUUAUGGAUCAUGAAAAGGAUAGGAUGCAGUUACGUAUACAACACUUGGUAGAAAAAGAGAAGUUGGUUCUGGCGGUGGAACAAGAAAUAUUGCGUGUGCACGGGCGCGCCGAACGCGCUGUCGCUAAUCAGGCUCUUCCUUUUUCGGUGUGCACAAUACUGCGCGACAAGGAAGUGUACAACGUGUCGGCACCGGAGCAGGAAGAGAAGCGCAACGCGCAGCGCUCCCGCUGUAACGGCCGCCAGAUCAACUCCUGGCUGCAGGAGGUGGACGACAAGUGGGAGAAGAUCAAGGAAGGUAUGCUGAAACGACAACAUACGGAGGCGGAGACGUUGCACGCGGUACAGCUGAUGGACUGGGAGUGGAAGCUCAAGGAGAUGGGGCUCUGCGACUAUAAGACCGCGCCCAAGAUCGACCCCACGCACGUACCGCAAAUACACGUGUCGAAUUUUGACUUGCCCGCUUGAAUUUUAAGUUCGAAUUGCCUGUGUUAUUGCCUGGCACACCUCGUGCUGGCAUAAGUUCUAACACCGCAAAAGUCAGAAAUGACAACUUUUUAGUAGAGCAAAAAAAACAGUAUCUUUUUAAACGUAGUGAUUGUAAUAUUUAUAGAAAUAGAUCAUUUCCUAUAUUUAUCCCUGUUUCUGAUAGGUCAGAAGGUGCGUCCUCCCAUCUAUUGAAUGGUAUGUAAAAGCCAAAAAAGACGUUUUUUGGACUUGAGCAGCGUUAGAACUUAAUCAACGAUAUGCAGGUCGCGCAUCAAAACACAUAUUUCAAUGCUCGCGCACUAUUUUAUUUAUUAUUAGUGUUGUUCCUGUUUCUAUGUUUAUCAGAAAUAAUGGAUUCUAAUUCCGAAAGAAUUUUUUUUAAAUUGGUCCAAUUCAAACAAUAUUUUUUUCUUUUUAAAAUAUUAGUAUAAUUUCUACCGAUGCGUGUAGACCGCUAUAACACUGCGUUUUACAAUCUGUAUUCUGUAUGACCAGUGACAAGAUGCCCUGUCGAUGAUCGCUUAGACAAAAACUUACGUAAAAAAAAUGUAAUCUUUUACACAAGUCUCGUCUAAGACUUAAAGCCAGUAGGAGUGUUGCUUUAGUUUGUUUGGCGCCGUUCACGGCGAUUGUACUAUUUCAUCGUUUAUUUAUUUAUUUAUUUUACUUUGAUAUUUUAACUUUCUGUCAGGUCUGAAGGAUCACGAAGUGAAUGUGUACGCAGGUGUCUAUUUAUUUUACCUAUAGUACUUCGUAUCACGUGUUUAUAUUGAAUUAUUUAUUUAUUUAUUAUUAAGAGAUUCAUACAUGGCAUCACAAUAACUAAAUGUAUCUCCUUAAUUAGUUACAUUACUUACAUAGUUACAUUACUGUGUCUUUUAGUAGUGUAACUAUGUAAGUAAUGUAACUAAUUAAGGAGUGUAACUAGUUAAUAAGAGCGUGCGGUGUUCUUAUGUGCGACGUGCAUUAACUUCUAAGUUUUAUCAUUCUCGUGAUCUCAAACACUUUAACAUCAAUUGGUAAUACGACUCAAGCGGAGAUACGAAAUUGUAAUAUUUCAAAAGAUUUUCACAAGUAUUGUCGAUCCCUUCCCAAGGAAUCCUUCUUCAGCCGAAGUUUGGUACCGGCUGAUUCUCCUCUUUUAAAAUAUGUUAAACAUUGUUUAAAUCAAUACCAAAACAUUUAAAAUUAUCACGUGUAUCAUUAGUUUUAGACAAAGCCCACCAUACCUCAGCAUGAUGGGUCGGAAGUUCAUAUAUCCAUCUAAUAAGGAUUAUUGCAUUGUAGUGAACCAUUAAAAUAAUCUAGUUAUGAUUAAUAAUUGUCAAAGAGGAACCAUCUUAUUACAAAUGAAUAUUAAAAAUCAUAAUAAUAAUAUAAUAUUUAGUAUUUAUUUGUAUGAUUAUAACUGUCUAAAUGACUUAUUUAUAAAAUACGCAGAUUAUAUAAUAAAAAUUAUAAUACUAAGAGUAAUUUAAAUAAAUAUGCUGUUUAUGUGGGAAAUGUGCAUUAUGUGUAUAAAGAUGAGUUCAAACAGCCAAGGUAUGCCUAUAGCACAUUUGGUGGUAUUAUAAUAAAAAUUAGUAGUCUAAGUUAAAUGCGCAGUAAUAGAUUUUCGAGUGUUAGCAAUGGUAAGAGGCGCCACGAGUAAUCAUAGCAACACGUUGACGCAAUUACAGUCACGUACGUAAUUUUCAAUUACAUAUUUGACAUCUUUAUUGUACCUGGCAAAAGGUAGCAUUCCGUUCUUGGCGACCGCGACCUGCGACCGUGACCGGGUCGCACGACCCAUUGCUUAAGGUAGAUUUCCGUUCUUGGCGACCGCGACCUGCUACCGCGCGACCUUCUGCUUGGCAUAAAUUUAUAUGGAGCACUAAACAAAGCCCGAGACCGCGUCGCGCGACCACUUCUGUUUUGUGCUCUGUAUAAAGCAGUGGGUCGCGCGGUCGCCAAGAACGGAAUGCUACCGUAACACUUUUGUUUUUAUUUGUACCUGCGCAGCCAACUGCCAUUUUGAUUUUACUUAAAGCUCCCGCUUACUUAAGCCUAGUUCGGACUACUUUAGUAUUUUAGUCGAGUACGAAUGAUAUUUGGACGGUAAAUCCAAAAAUUGUUCGUACUCGACUAAAAUACUAAAGUAAUCCGUACUAGGCAUUAUUAUUCCCUUUCGAUUAUACAAUUAAAGUUGUCCGACUAAAUUGUAAAAGAAAACAAUGUAGUUGUUCGAUAGUCGGCCAACUUACAAUUGGUCGCUCUUACAUACAGUAGUCUAUAACUGCUUUGAAUUACAUGUUGAUUACAAUUAAUUGAAGUACAAGUUACUACCAUCUUAUCCUGGAGUCACACUUUCAAAGACGACUCGAACGAUUCAGUGUUGUCUCCUAACGGUAGGCGCCCACAUACCUUCAUCGUAAGUAUCGGACGAAUCGCAUCAAACGGAUCGCAGUAUUCUUUGUAUAGAAAGUCAUACAAGUGUACGUACUGAUUCUCAUCUUAUGGGUCGUACGAAUGUAGCAUAAAAAUAAAAAUCUGUUUUAUGCGAUUCGUCCGAUUAGUACGAUACGGAUAUGUGGACGCAUAUAUCUGUUAUUUACUUUUAGCGCGAUUCGAAGAGUGUGACAGCUAGGAAGCUUCGAAAAGAAUCAGCCGCUACCAAAAUAUUUGGUAUAAUAUUUCUCAUACUAAUUAAUGUUAGUAUAAUAUAACUAGUCUGUAAUUUAGUACUGAUAAGAAAAUGAAAUCUAUAUUUAUGCUUAGUUACUUAACCACUUUGGAAUAAAAAAAAAUUAAAAGAGUUGUAUGUUGUAUGUAGUAGACCAGGGUUUCUCAAACGCCAUUUGAUGGUAGGGGGUUCACGACACGGUUUAGAUUAAAUAUUAUGGUGGUUGAAUAACUAAAGUCCGGCCGCUCAGAGAUUGCGUCUAUGACAGGUCCUGAAUGAGCGAUGUAACUUCGAAUUGUAAACAAUAAAAAAAUGGCGUACAAGUUGCGCUGCGCUGUUUUAAGGUUAUGCCAACUGUUUGUCUUUAUAUUGUUGCAAUUGCAAUUGUUAUUGAAUAUGAUUGUCCCAUUCGAUCACGACCUGUCUGAAACGCAAUCUCUGAGCGGACGGACAUUAGUAGGAAUGUCUGUUGAUGGGACUCGGAGGGUUUUUUGCAUGGUUGUGCACCAUGCAAUAUCUUGUGACAAGAAAAAAUGUCGAUCAAUAUCGCUCUUUGGUUGCGAUAGAACGAAAGGGGGUUUGUUGAGUGGUUCACUGUCAUUGGAAAACCUUAAAGGGGGUACGUGAAGCCAUAAUUUUGAGAUUCCCUGUAGACCAUCUAAAAACCACCAUUCGAAGUCGGCGUUGCCACAGACAACUGCAGAACCCUACACGGCGUGUGACCUGACACUCAAUUGGACGGUUUUUAUUUGAAAGUCUAUUUUAUUUGUUAAACUUGCAAAUUAUUGUAGUUAUUAAUAUUUAGAAAUAAAGAUCUCAAUUAA